UGUGUGUGUGUGUGUCUGUGUCUGUGUGUGUGUGUGUUUGUGUGCGUGUGUGUGUGUGUGCGCGUGCGUGUGUGUGCGUGUGUGUGUGUGCGCGUGCGUGCGUGUGUGUGUGUGUGUGUGUCACACAAGCUUCCUCCCUCCCUCUGCUCUUACUGCAGUAUAGAGAUGUUAUCUCCCCUUUUUUUCUUCAUUGCAAUAAAACCCCAAUAUGUUUCAAACCUAAACAGCAUUUUUAAAGGGCUUCUACUUACUUCUAAGUAGUUUCUUACAGUAAUCUUUACUGCACCACUUUAGAAAUAAGAAUAAUACUACUACUCCAUAAUAUAUACUUUCUGUCAAGCUGUCCUUUUCAAUGUUAAGCUGUCAACCUGUUUAUGGAAGUUUUAAUGAUUUAAUGCUUCAGCGUUUAAAGUUCAGACAUUAUAAUUGUAAACGAGACGACAGAAACAUGCAACAGUUAAAACCAAUAGAUGUUAUUUUGGAGUCAGGUCUGUUCACCAACCCAGACGAGAUGCUUUUCGUAAUCGGACAGGAUCCUAAAGGUCAUCUCGUUUUUCAUUUGUAUGUUAAAUGCCUUCUGACAUCUACUGUAACUCAUGCAAAUGGAGAGAUAAGAGAAGCUCUGGAGUCUGUAAACCAGGUCGUUCCUCCUCAAAGAACAGCACUGACUUCAGCCAGUGAGCAUCUCUGAGGUGAAUCUACAGGACAGCAGACUAACUACACCAGUAGAACAGCAAUGGGGUUUACCCUAGAAUAAGGAGACCAUCUGGAGAAGCCCCAUCAAAGACUAACAGACCUAGUCAUAACAAUCAUAACGUCAUUACCACUCCACCAACGUCAUUAACACAACCAUGCCUGCAAACAAUCGCUUUUUUCUUGUGCUGAUGUUGGCCAGCUUUUCCAAAACCUUUGAGGAAGCGCGGUACAUUAACACCAGUGCCAACCACUCUGCCACACCUGGAGAGGUAUUUCCGUGGAGCAGCUACCGGCUCCCAGACUCCAUCAUCCCUGAACAUUACUACAUUACCAUCCAUCCAGACUUCCAGAAUAGGACCUUCACGGGGAGAGUGAAGAUCCUGCUGGCCGUCUUGAAGGACACGGACCACGUGGUGCUGAACAGCAAGAACCUGCAGGUGAGGGAGGCUCUUCUGCUGCCGUUACCAGAACACCACAACCAGAAGCAGCUCUCGCUUCGCUUGCAGGAGUCUGUGCAGAACGAACAGGUGGCGUUCACCUCCAGCUCCACCUUGCAGGCAGGGAGGAAGUACGAGCUCUUUGUCAGCUACACAGCGGCCCUCUCCAGCAGCUUCUCUGGGUUUUACAAAACCUUCUACAGGACAAGAAACGGGACAACAAGAAUGCUAGCCGCGACUCACUUUGAAGCCACGUCUGCUCGGAAAGCGUUCCCCUGUUUCGACGAGCCCAGCAUGAAGGCGGUGUUUUCUAUCACGAUCAUUCGGGAUCAGCAGCACUAUGCCAUCUCAAACAUGCCAAAGAGGACCACCGUGCCCAGGGCAGACGGGCUGCUGGAGGAUCACUUCCUGCACAGUGUGAAGAUGAGCAGCUACCUGGUAGCUUUCGUUGUCAGUGACUUUGCUUCCAAAAGCACUGCAUCUAAAAGAGGCACCAAGGUUUCAGUGUUUGCUCCAAGUGAACAAAUGGUCCAGACACAGUAUGCUCUCCAUGCCGGUGUGAAAAUAUUACAGUUCUUCGAAGAGUAUUUCCAGAUUCCAUACCCCCUUCCGAAAAUAGACCUGGUAGCUAUCCCUGAUUUCGAGACAGGUGCCAUGGAGAACUGGGGCCUGAUUACCUUCCGCGAGACCUCCCUGCUGUACGACCCCAAAAUAUCGACACUGCGCAACAAGCUGUGGGUCACCGAGGUCAUCGCUCAUGAGCUGGCUCACCAGUGGUUUGGAAACCUGGUCACCAUGGAAUGGUGGAAUGACCUCUGGUUAAACGAGGGCUUUGCCACCUACAUGGAGUUCGUUGCCACUAAUCACUUAGAGCCCAGCUUGUGUGCGGAAGAUCAGCUUCUCAUCACCACUUUCUACCGAGCUCUGGAGAAGGACUCCUUCAGGACCUCUCACCCCAUCUCUUUGCCUGUCAGGAGCUCAGCGCAGAUCAGAGAGAUGUUUGACGUGGUCUCCUACUGCAAGGGUGCCAGUAUCCUGCGAAUGCUGCACAACCUCCUGACAGAGCCCAUAUUUACCGGUGGAAUCAGAGCCUAUUUGAAAGAACACAGCUACGGCAAUGCCCACCAGGACCACCUGUGGCAAGCACUUACCAAGAGUGCUGUGGAGGCUGGCGAGAGUGUGAAUGUGAAAGCUAUCAUGGACACCUGGACGAUGCAGAAAGGGUACCCGCUGGUGUCUGUAACACUACAAGGAAGGAAACUCAAACUUUCCCAGAGCAUUUUCACUCUCUACCCACAGAGCGACACAGGCUUCCUCUGGCAGAUUCCUUUCACGUUUUAUACAAGCAAUUCAACUGCCGUCAUCAGCCAUCUAAUGAAGAGCAAAGAAGAAUCCAUUGAUCUCCCGCAUGACGUUGCCUGGAUCAAAGCUAAUGUGAACUCCACUGGCUUCUACAGAGUGUCCUAUGAUCUCCCAACGCUGCGUGUCAUCAGCCACCAGCUGAGAGAACAGCACAGCGCGUUCAGCAGGAGUGACAGGGCCAGCCUCAUUGACGACACAUUCCACCUGGCCAGCCAGGGGACCCUGAAGUACAGCGAGGCCUUCUCUCUCAGCCUGUCCCUGGGGAAGGAGAAGGAAUACCUCCCCAUAAGAAUGUUUGUUGCUCACAUGACCCGCAUGCUCAGUAAAUUCGCUUUCAGCAGAGAACGCUGUGUUAUGCAGCUGUUAAAGAAACACAUCCUGAGUUUGCUGGGGGGACUGAUGCAGGCUCAGCGCUGGGAUGACAGUGGCACCCUGCCUCAACAGAACCUGCGCACCCUCGUCCUCUCCAUCGCCAAGGGGUACAGGAGACUGCCUGCAGCACAGCACGCAGAGAGACUCUUCCACCACUGGAUGGAAGCUGAUGGGAAAACCCAUCUUCUUUUGGGCUGUUGCAACAGGUUGCCCAGGACUCUCCGAGGAAUGGUAUUCCAGGUAGGGAUAAAGAAGGGUGGAGACAGGGAAUGGACGUUUUUACUGCACAAGUACAUCGAAAGCACUUCCAGCACCGAUAAAGUACAGAUCCUGGCAGCCUUGUCCCGAACCAGGAGCACAAGAAAGAAGAAGUGGUUACUGAAUGCAGCGUUGCAGAACCAGGUCAUCAAGACUCAGGAUUUUGGCACCAUCGUCAGACAACUGGCUCGCUCUCCAAAGAGUAACCAGCUAGUGUGGAUGUUUGUACAGCGACACUGGAGCAAGCUCGUCAAAAAGUUUUCUUUAGGUUCAAGCUAUCUGUCCCGUAUCGUUGUUUCAAUAACCUCGAAGUACACCACCAGAAAGAAGUAUGAGGAAGUUAAGAAAUUCUUUCGCUCUCGGAAGAACCUCAGAAACCUCGCCUUUGUCAGGCAGUCCCUGGAAAUGAUCAAAGUCAAUAUCUUGUGGCUGAAGAAGAAUAAAAAACAGAUCAAGUCUUGGCUACGCAAGGAGUACACUGAAACAUAUACAACAAAUAGGCACUGCAGACCAGCAUUAGCACUAAAAAGAGGCAGGGCACUUUAUGUUAAAACACGAAAGUCUUGAUGAAAUGUGUGUUUUGUGAUUUUUUUGCAACUGGAUUUUUUUUUUUUUUAAAUCUUAAAUGUACCUUGUAAAACACAGACCCUCAUUCCAGGCUAACCUGUGUCCUUAUUAAGUACACUAAUGCUAGGUGGAGUACAUAUUUCCCCAGUGAUUGAGUAAGAUUGUGAAAAGAACCCUGUUCAUUUGGAAUGCGCCAGGCCAGGGAAAAGUCUUGUUUGCUGAAGGGCGCUUUGGAAAGACAAGCUUAUCACAGUGCAGACCACCUUUUGUACACAGGCACUGCAGGUGUACAGUACCUCUGUGCUGCAGGGCCAGGUGCACAGGACAGUGCAGAAACAACAGGAUCAAUCAGUGUCCCUUCACGCACCUGGGAACCAAAACAGAUUAUUAUUU